UGCGCAGAUAUUCCAACGCACUCUUCAUUUUAUCUUUAAUAUUUCAGAGCAUAUUUCUCUCUCUGGUGGCCAAUAUUUCUUCUUUGAUUUCCCAAAGAAAACAAGAAAAAAUGGCUGCAGAGUUUCUUUUUACGUUUGCCAUGGAGGAGACUUUGACAAGGGUGAGUUCCAUAGCUGCUGAAGGGAUCAGAUUUGCUUGGGGAUUGGAGGGACAUCUGCAGAAGCUCAACCAGUCCUCAACCAUGAUCAAAGCUGUGCUCCAAGAUGUAGCCAGAAGGCCAGUAACAGACGAGUCUGUGAAUCUUUGGCUGGAGAUGCUACAAGAUGUAGCUUAUGAUGCUGAAGAUGUUCUAGAUGAGUUUGCUUGUGGUUUUCUUUGCAAAGACCAGCAGAAGGGAAGGGUACGUGACUUUGUUUCACUCCACAACUCUGUUGCUUUCCGUUUGAAUAUGGGUCAAAAAGUUAAGAAGAUCAAUGGAGCCCUGGAUGAAAUUCAGAAACUUGCAACUGGAUAUGGGCUUGGAAAUACAUCUCUACAACAUGUAGAUAGAGCUCCUGAAAUCAGCUGGGACAGAGCGACAGACUCCUCCCUUGACAGCUCAGUAGUUGUGAUAGGAAGGGAGGAUGAUGUCACUAAAGUCAUGAAAUUGUUGAUUGGCUCGAUUGAUCAACAAGUUCUGUCUGUUGUUUCCACUGUGGGUAUGGUAGGUCUUGGAAAGAUUAAUAUAGCAGAAAUGGAUUGUGAAGAGGUUAAGGAGACAAACGUUUUUUAUGUAACAAUAUGGGUUUGUGUUUCUAAUGAUUUUAUUAAAGUUAGGGUAUUAGGAGAAAUGUUGCAAAAGAUUGAUAAAACUACUGGUGGGUUGAACAAUCUUGAUGCAGUUGAAAACCCUAAGAAAGAGCUGCAAAAUAAAACAUUUCUUCUAGUACUAGAUGAUGUGUGGAAUGAAGAUGCUCAAAAGUGGGAUGGUUUGAAGGAGGGAUUGUUCAAAAUUUAUGGCAAGAAUGGGAAUGUUGUUGUUUUUGUUACAACCCGCAGUGAGGAUGUAGCAAGCAUGAUGGAGACUUCUCUUGGGAGUCAGCACGAGCCGAGGAGACUAUCAGAUGAUCAAUGUUGGUCCAUUAUCAACCGAAAUGAGAGUGGGGGUGGAGGAACAUCAAUAGCUUGAGACUUGGAGUCUAUUGGAAAAGAGAUUGCAAAGAGAUGUAGAGGGAUUUCAUUGCUUGCUAAUUUUCUGGGAGGAACUCUGCGCAGAAAGGAGACACAGGAGUGGCAGUCAAUUCUAAGCAGUAGAAUUUAGGAUUCCCUGGAUGGAAAUAAAGCUUUGUGUGUACUGAAGUUAAGUUUUGAUUUCUUGUCAUCGCCAACAUUGAAAAAAUAUUUUGCCUACUGCUACAUUUUUCCUAAAGAUUUUGACAUUGAAAAGGAAGAGCUGAUUCAACUUUAGACGGGUGAAGGUUUUUUUGGCCAUCAAAUGGGAGGAUGGAAGACAUAGGCAACAAGUAUUUCAAUUACUUGCUUGCAAAUUCCUUUUUCCAAGAUGUUCAAAGGAAUGAGUAUAAGAUCGUAACAAGUUGCAAGAUGCAUGAUCUUACAUUACCGGUCUCAAAAUCAAAAACGUUAACUUUGGAGGUUGAUUUGGUUGUUGAUAGUGCAUCUCAUAUUCGUCAUCUAAAUCUCAUUUCUUGUACAGAUGUUGAAUUAGCAUUUUCAGAGGUUGAAUCUAGAGAAUUGCAUACUGUUAUUGAUGUAUUAAAUCGGUAUUGGAAAUUCAAAAGCUUGAGAGCUCUGAAAUCGCGACAAUCUAUUGAGUUACCAGAUUCAAUUUGCAAGAUGAAACAUUUAAGAUAUCUUGAUGUCUCAAGUACGGAAAUCAAAGAGUUACCCGAAUCCAUCACAAAGCUCUGCUGUUUGGAAACAUUAAGGUUCAGUUAUUGUUACUCGCUACAAAAGCUUCUUCAAACGUUGUCAAUUUUUGUUUUGGGCAUUUUAAAUAACUAUUUUAUCUUAAUAGCUCAAAUUAUAUGUAA